UGAAACUGAUUGUUUCCACAUACCUAGACCACAACACGUGAGAUAAGUGAUCUUUCACCUUUGAAAAUGAGAGAUUCUUAACCGGUUCCAUCCUCAAUCUCUCGGAAGUACUAAAAAUUUUUCAUAAAACCGUCGUAAAUAUUGAACUUCGAAGGCCCACAGAAAAAUUCGAAUCCCAACCUGUAGAUGGGGAAAAAGCACACUUUCAGUUAUUCUCGAAAUCGGAAGCGAUUAGGCAAAAAACAAAAGGCAAAAUUAAAAAUCAAAAAUAUCAGAGCUUGGUUAUAUAUCAGUUAAGUGUAAGCACCAAAUUCAUUUGAUACCCUCGUUACGUUUGUAUCUUCCUUGGUCUUCAAAAAUAUUUUGUAUAAAAUAAUUAUACUAUUCACAUUCAAUAAUGUUGCUGUUAUUUAUCUUCUUUAGCCAGUAUUAAUCCUUGCGAAAUUUUUUAACUGUGGCCAGCUGUUAUUUCACAUUCUAAACAUGUAACUAUAGUCGUCUUGUAUUGGUUACAUUUGACGACACUUAUUCCUAUCUUUAACUUUUCCUGUUCUUUGAACUGUUGACUUCUGAUCAUUGAGAUGAUCUCAGUUCAAUAUGAACUCAGCUGACCUAGUGGUUAAGCUGCAUAGUGUCAAUGGUUUGAAUGUCUUUAAUUUCUUUAUGCACUAAUAAAGUAGUUGUUGAAGUACGAUAACUGGUCUUUUAACUAUAGGCGGUUAGGCAUUUGAUGCAGUCAUGAUAUUGCACUAAGUUUACGUACUCUUGCUCUUUAAAUUUGUGUUUAAUUUCCAUUUAUUGGAUACAAACUAUCUGUAUAAAUUAAUUUUUAUUUAAUGAUUAAUGUUUCAUAUCAGUCCAGUCAUUAAUUCAGCUUGGAAGUAUGGAUUAUCUGUUAAAUCAAAUUUUAACCGUUUGGGUUUAGCUUACGAUGCAAAUGAAGCACUUGGAAAUAAUUGUGAUCAGGUUUUAACAAAUGGAGAGUAUGAUAAUAAUGAUGCAGUCACAAAAAAUAUGCCGAGACAGAAAAAGACUAAUGUCGUAAAAGUUUUAGAAGAGUUAGCCAAACAUAAAAAGCAAAAACCUGUGUUUGUCUCCGGAGAUGAUCAGUUGUUUUGCAUAUACAACUUAGAGAUGUAUCCUGAGGAUGAUUUCGAAUCUAUGAGUAGAGAUCCAAAGAAUGUUUAUCAGUUGACAUCCAAACAGAUCGAACGACUAAUCAACAAAUUUAAACAAACCACUGGCUUUCAAAAGUAUCUCAAAGAUAAGCAGUCAGGAGAGCUUGCCAUCGAUGAGUUGUUUAAUGAAGAACUGAUAUGGUGUCAAUUAUCCUUGCAGGUUAUGUAUUACAUCUUCAUUUUAUUUAGUCUUAUAUAAGUCAUGAUUGGUUUUAGUGAUUUUCAUACGACUAUGAAUUGUUUUUUAUGAGAAUCUUGCUUGAUCUAAAUUUUUCAAUAGAUUUGAUGUCUUUAUUUCAGCCAAAAAUAUUCUGAUUUCUAAUUGUGUAUAAAAUUAUGGAAUUUUGAACGUACUUCUAUACAAAAAACUCAGAAACUAUAAAGAGCUUACUUCAUCG